AUGGAGAGUCUGUCCACGGACACUUGCCCAGCAAAGGCAGAACCGACGCUCUCGUUCACACAAGGCCUCAUUCUGGGCCAGCUGUCGGUGGUUCUGGUCCUUGCCGCCUUCAUCAAAUUCUUCAUCUUUGGCGAUCCUCCCUCACCCGAGGUGACAGCCUCUCUAAGAGCAACGGAGCGCCGGUCUAGAACUUUAGCUCAUAAGCGCUCUUUGUUAAGCCUGCGGACUGUCAACGCGAAGCAGGGCCAGCAGACGCUCAAUCGCAAGAAGUCAAGUGUUCUCCGCAACCCUCCCAACCUGACCAUUGGGUCCAUUCUCAGUAAAACCUACUACAACGUCGACGGCCACCAGCCGGAAAGCCUGGACUGGUUUAACGUCCUCGUCGCGCAGACCAUCGCACAAUUUCGGAGCGAUGCACAGCAUGACGACGCCAUCCUCAGCUCCCUGACCAAGGCACUCAACGGAGGCUCAAGGCCCGAUUUCGUCGACGAGAUUCGCGUAACGGAACUGAGUCUGGGAGAAGACUUCCCCAUUUUCAGCAACUGCCGUAUCAUUCCCGUUGACGAAGAUGGGCUGAGCCUAGGCAAUGGCAGGACACUCGAUGCCAGCGCAGCCACGAGGGAGGGGACGAAGCUACAGGCACGGAUGGAUGUUGACCUUAGCGACAUGUUGACUCUCGCUCUCGAGACCAAGCUUCUCCUGAACUAUCCAAAGAAGUUGAGUGCGGUGUUGCCUGUGGCUCUCUCCGUCUCGGUGGUCAGAUUUAGCGGCACCCUGUCCAUCUCCUUCAUCCCCAGCAAUCCCUCACAGUCAACCCCCACCAUGAUGACCUUCAGUUUUAUGGAUGAUUACCGCCUCGACCUAUCAAUCCGGAGUCUGCUUGGCAGUCGGUCAAGGCUGCAAGAUGUCCCCAAGAUCGCCCAGCUGAUCGAGGCACGUCUUCACCGUUGGUUCGACGAGCGAUGCGUAGAGCCUCGGUUCCAGGAGAUUGCAUUACCAAAUCUCUGGCCACGCAAGAAGAACACCAGAGGGCCCGAAGACGGCCUGGCCGAGACCAAUGUGUCAGUGGGAAGAGCGAAGGGGAAGGACAUCAACCAAGAUCUCCGAGCAGAGGCCCGAAGAGAAGUUGAGGCUGAAGCAGGGACUCGCACAGGCCGCGAACAUGACUCUCUUCGUCGCCGGAGGAUGCGGAAUGAGGAUGACUUUGCUAUGCCAGGCUCGUUACCAGGUAUGGAUGUUGACAUGAGGAUGUAA